UGGAAGAGCGUGAGAGCAGCAAAGCCAAUCGCGCGAGUAGUACACCAGCUGAACGUCUUGUCCUUCACUGCCACCCACCCCGCCCACUGCGACCACCAGCUUUUCUCUUGAUGCUCAGAAAGGCCUUACCACCGUCCUUCGCGCUUUCCCGGCCGUCGACUUCUGUUUCUAUCCGUCCAUGCGUCCAUUCGUCCGUCCAUUCCACGCGGCUCUCCUAUUACGUUCCGCUGGAACCUCUUAGUAGACGCGGAAUCGUCGCGCAGACGCGCAGCUCUCUGCGCGCGGCUCGCUCACUCUGUCCUCCCAUGGAACCUGCACGCGGCACGAUGCGACGUAAUAAUUUCACCCGUGGCGACUCGUUCUUUUGCUUCCUUUCGUGACCGUCUUUCGGGGAGCUUUAUUCCUUGGAGUCUGCGGAAUCCAUCGAAUCGUAGCCUUUUAGCGCGCUUUCGCGGUGCUAGCCGACAGUCGCAUUGCCGUCCGUCCUUCAUCUCGUGUACCCUGUCGAUUGUUAAACCGAACGUCACGGCACUCUCCAGGCUCUUUUUACGGCCUAUACCCGUUAUUAUCCGUCUCGUUACCUACCUGAAGGUCUCGUUACCUUGGAGCCGUUCGUCAUUCCUAAAAAUGGGGCAGGCGCGUUCCGCGCAGCCAAUACGCCGGGAGCCGCAACCGCAGCUGUGGCCCAUCUGCCUGUUGCCCUCCGACCUCUUCUCCAACAACCCCGGACCACUUUGCCCGCUAGUAGUUUCAUUCUAGGCUGAUCGUCAAAACUCCCUCGCGCUCUCUUUUACGUCACGUACGUACCCGUUAUAGUCCUCUUGCUUACGUCGCACCGUGGUACAGCCAUGGGGCAGGCGCUUUCCGCGCAGCCGAUACACGAGGAGCCGCAGCCUCAGCUCUGGCCCAUCUGCCUGUCCCCCUCCGACCUCUUCUCCAAUAACCCGCAUCACUUCGGCCCCUUCACGCCCGUUAAUGGCGGCCUCUUCCGCGCGCGCCAAAUCAUGGCGCAAAUCCCGCCGGGCGACGCGCUUCCGGGGCUGCUUUCUAUUUUCCUCGACCGGCUUUCCUCCCCAUCUCUCUCCCCAUCCUCGGAGUUUUCCACCUAUUCCCCCCGUUUGAUUCACGCUUCCGCGCCCGUUUCUUCCGCCUCCUCCUCCUCCUCCGCUUCUUCCGCCUCCUCCACCUCCUCUCCUUCCCCGCGCACGCGCGCGCUCCCCCCGCCGUACUUCCCCCUCGUGCACCCGCAGCCGCUGACUCCGCGCUCGCGCUCGCUGCUGCUUCCCCUGGGCGGGACGGAUGACGUCAUCCGCGCGGGGCUCCUAGACAUGCAAGCGCGCGCGGAGGCGGAGUAUCAGCGCCUGGUGGAGCGGAUAGAGGAGGCGGCGGAGCUCGGCGCGGAGCUCGGGGGGGGGAACGGCGCGGAGCUCGGCGAAAGAAGCGGAAGCGGAGGCGGAGGCGGAGGGGGAGGGGGAGCCCGCGGUGGCUACUGGGCCAGCGCGCGCAGCCCUGCGGGAGAUGCGCCCGAUGGGCGCAAUGUUACCACCAGCGGAGAGGGGGCGGAAAGCGGUGUUUACUUAAGUGUGGAGCGAAUGGAGGAAGCGCUGCUGGUGGGAAUGGCGUUCUGGAUGGAGUUUUGGGAGCAGUGGGGGGAAGACCCCAGCGCGUCCCUAGAAGCGCCCCGGGCGCGGCGGAGGUCCCUGGGCUCCCCGCGCACGAUGCUCUGGCGCGGGGGGGAGGUUGCGCCGGCCAGGGGGAAAUGGGGCGCGGGCGGGGGGCAGGCGCUGCGCCUGUGCCUGCUGUUACGCUUCCUAGGUCCGCACAGGCGGAAGGCGGAGCCGCUAAGGAGCGGAAGCGGGGGAGAGAAGGACGAGGGGGAACAGGAGAGAGGGGGGAGGGGCGAGCGUCCUGGGGAAACAGAGCGGCAAGUGAAAGGCGCGGGUGGGAAGAGGGUUAACGAGGCACAGGAGGACGAGGCACAGGAGGACGAGGCACAGGAGGACGAGGCACAGGAGGACGAGGCACAGGAGGACGCGAAGCAGGAGGUAGGAAGUGUCAUCGUGGCAGACCACAUCGCACCUGAGGAGGCACCUGAGGCACCUGACGGCAUCAAUGCUUCAGGUGUCACGCCAGGUGCUGCAGGGGCGGAGCGUGUCUUUGUACCUGCGCCCACUGAACGAGCGGGAACAGAAGGAGCAGCAACAGCACCAGCAACUAUUUCAGCAACAGCGACCGUUCCCCCUUCCCCGGUUCCCCCUUCCUCAGUUCCGCCGUCCCCAGCACUCCCCCCGCCCGCCGCGGGGGGGUGGUUCAGGGAGAGCCUUAGAGAGCGGGAGUACGAACAGUGGCAGGACCUGUGUCGGGCGGCAGGGCGCGCGUGGGAGGAGAGAGAGGAGGCCGUCCAGGCGAGGGGGUUUCUUGGCCAUAAGAGGCGAGCCUCGUGCGUCUCUGCUGUUUCAGGUGUUUCUGCUGCUUCAGGUGCGGCUUCUGUUGUUUCUCCUGGCUCAGGUGGUGGUUCUUUCAGUGCGUCGGGUGCAUCUGCUGCUGCUACCGCUGCAGGUGCUACCAUCACCACCACUGCUGCCGCAACCACCACUGCUGCCGCAACCACCACUGCUGCUGCCACCUCCAGUGCCAUCACCAGCCCCUUGAGCCAGCCAAAGCGGCGGUCCUCUCUGCCGUCCCGCACGGUGAAAGGAGGCAAGAGAAGGAGCAGCAAGGAGAGUGGCUCAGUGCCACAAGGAGGGGAAGGAAGGGCAGGAGAGGCAGGGGCUGCUGCUGCUGCUGCUGCUGCUGCUGGUGCUGCUGCUGCUGGUGCUGUUGGCUCUGGAGCGCUUAGGGGCGUUGAUGCAGUGGGCAGUACCUCAACCAGUUGGUUCACUUCCGGCUUUGGUGCCACUGACAGCUUCCUGGUUGCUGCUGCUGCACCUGCAGCAUCUACGCCAGCAGCGAGCGGCACUCCCGGGGCCGGCUAUAGUGGCACUGGCAUGUCAGCAUGGACUACAAGCAUGUCCCCCUUAGGCGGCAUGGGCAGCAGCAGUUUCAGCGCCAUACCAUCAUCAUCAUCGUCGGUUCUUCCACCUCGCAACCGGACCCGAUCGGCGGCGUCAACCAUCGACAGCAGCAGCACGAGCAGCCUUAGCACUCUGAGUCUCCUCCCCACGGUUGACAUGACCACUGUAGCGGGCAGCAUGCUCCGGAGUUUUUCGGGCAGCUUGACGCUCUCGUCCCGCCCGAGCGAGGACGGGUCGGUUUCGGGCAGGAGCUUAAGAAGUAAUGCGAGCGCUGCGGGGCAUGGGAGGAGGAGGUGGAGAUCGACCACUAGAAACGGAUUACAGCAGAAGCUGGUGCAAGAUGUGCUUUUAUUGGAUGGGACUGAAACGGAUGUGCCAAGCUAUGCUGACGUGGCGAGGAUGCUGGGGCUUGCAGGGUCGCUGGCCGACCGCCAGCCUGUCAGCAUGGCGCUUUGUAUUCUGCGCGUGCUCGAUAUGGUCGGCCAGACUCGGCCUUUUGUGAGGGUGGAGGAGGGGAGUGACGAGAGUGACUUGGAGGGAGGGGAGGGAGAGGAGGGGGAGGAGGGGGAGGAGGGGGAGGAGGGGGAGGAGGGGGAGGAGGGGGAGGAGGGGGAGGAGGGAGAGGAGGAAGGAGGGGAAGGAGGGGAGGUUAGGGAGGAGGAAGCGGCAGGGCAGGAAGGGGGAUGCGUGCUGCUGCCAGAGGUGCUUAAACAGAGAGGUCCCUAUAACGGGUGUGACAAUGACGCAUCAGUAGAGGGUGAGGCCAACGUGCAGAUGGGCCGGGAGCCCGAGGGAGGGGCGCAAGGAAAGGCUGAGAAGCAGCAGGGCGCACAAGGGAAGGGGAACGACGGAGGGGAGGGGGUAGGGGAGGCGGUAGGGGAGGAGAUAGGGGAGGCGGUAGGGGAGGCGGUAGGGGAGGAGGUAUGCCAAGAGGCUCAGGACGAACCCGACAGGCUUGCCAACGACCGCAACAGCAGGGACAGGCUCGGGGAAAGGCUCGGGGUUAAGCUCGGGGGGAGGUUCGGCAGCGGGAGGAUGGAGCUGGUGAACGUGGAGGGCGAGAUGGAGCGGUACGCGGUGGACAAGUCGUGCCGGCAGUUCAUCGUGUCGUGCCUGCUGGACCUGCUGCACCUGCACUCCCACCACCUCCACCACUCCUGCCGCAACCAGCCCUCCUUCCACCUCCCGAUGACGCCUGUAACGGCCGUGCCGAUUACGCCUAUAACGCCUGCAUCGCCCACCCUCUCUGCUCCCCCGACUCACCCUACAGCGAAGGGUGCGUCCGAGCAGGUGGUAUCUGAGCAGGUUUCAUCUGAAGCAAGGGGGCCGUACAGACUGGCUGAGCUGGCAGAGGUGCUACUGGUGGAGUCAACAGCAGCAACCAACGGCAUGAACCCAAUCGAAUGUGCACAUCUGGACAGGCUGUAUCUGACCCACGGCAGCGUCCAGGGGGGGUUGCACCUGGGCCCAGGGAUCCUCGCCCUAGCUGUUGCCGUCGCCAUGCAGUCUCUCCCGAGCCUCUGGCCGGAUGACGUGGCAGAGAUUGCUGAAUUCCUGGAGGAGAUGGGGUGCGAGGAGGCGGGGUAUCGGGCACGGGUGCGCGUGCUGGGGAGCGUGUACGCUACUGAAGCGGACUGUAAAGAGGUUAUAAGGAGGACGGUGGGCCCGAGGGGGGUCGAGCCGGUGCGGAGGCGGAUACAGAGAGUGGUUGGGGUGGCUGAAACGGCGCUGACACAGGCUCCAACCGAGGCUUCUAGAUCGGCGUAUGUGAGGAGGUUCUGCGAUGCCCUCAUGGACCAGUUGUUGCUGGUGCUUCCCGAGGCUCUCCCGGAGGCUUGGCCCGAGCCUGCUCCCAGGCCACCCCCCAGGAGCCUGAGUGGAGGGGGGAUGAGGGAAAAGGAUGGGGUUGGGACGGAGCUGUUUUCGCCUCCCCCUCUCUCCUGUCCUGCUUCCCUGCCUGCCUCUUCUUCUCUUCCCAACGGGUUCACUGCUACAGGCACUGCUGCUGCUGCUGCUGCUGUUGCUGCUGCCACCGCUGUUGAUGCCGACACAGCAACAGCAGCAGCAGCCACCACUACGGCAUCCACAAACCACCUACCCAAGAACAUCAUCCCCAUGAUCCCAGACUCUGAAGCGGCCCCCACCAUCCCGUGGGUGCGGGAUCUGGCAGAGGCAUACCUUAGACUCAGCCGGCACCUGUCAUUGGACAGCGAAGGCGUGCGGCAGCAGCACGAGCGCCACACGGACGUGUGUGCUUGCAUCAUCCUGAGAUGCCUUGUGGCCGAAGUGGCCCGGGAGAGAGAGGAGGCGAGGGUGGCUGCUGCAGCACCCCCCGACUCUCGUGAUGCUGCUGGUUCUCCUGGCUCGGCUUGUUCUGCUGCUGCAUCUGAUGCGAACGGUGGUGGUGUGUCUGCUGGCCUGCUUGUAGCUGAAUUGGCUGGUGCUGGUGCUGCUGGUGCUGCUGGUUAUGGCACUACUGCUACUGAGGCUGCUGUUAAUCAGCAGGGGAACUCAGUGGUGUCCGACUCCAAAGGCACACUUGAACCUGGAGCGAGCGAGGGCAAGGAAAGCAGCAGCAGAGACGCACAGCAGGAGAGGGAGGAGAGGGACGCGGCGAUGGCGGCGCUGCUGCUGCAUUUGGACAAGGCACCAGGGGGUACGGGGUCACUGGCGUGGAAGGCCAUAGGGCGCAUGCUGGAGAGGCGCAACCCCAACCACCCCGUGCUGCCCGCCGUGUGGGUGCGGGCCGUGCUGAAUACCCACCUGGCUGUGAACGAGGAGGGUACGGGAACGGACGUCGACUCACUCGAGCUCUUCGACUGGUCACUAGAGUCCCUUCUAGUGACCCUCCCAAUGGGCCCUGAAGCAGCGGCAUCUCUUCUCCAAAUCAUCGACUCAGCAGUGCACUUGGACUCCUCUGUUGCCCCGGAUUCAAUCUCUGCCGUAGAGCCUUCUGCUCCGCUGCUCUCCAAUGCGACACGUGUCGACGUGCUACUGGCCAUUGCCGCCCGCGUGGCGUGCACCAUCUACUGGCGAUGGGCCAGGAGGAGAGACGCGCCCAGAUUCGUGGCGCAGCUGCUGACCCUGGCGCAUGGCACAGUGGGCAUGAGCCCGGAGCAGCUGCAGCGGGCUUUGAAGAUUGGGGAGCGCCUCUGGGGAUGGACCAUGCCCAGCCCUGCUUCCCUGCAGCAGCGCUGUGAGACGCCAGAGGAAGCGCGGGGAGAUAAGGGAGAGCUGCAUCAUAUCAGCAUGGUACUCCACAUCGGCAUUCCGAGGGGAGGAGCCCAUUGAGCUCAUUGGCGCUCAGUGGCCCUACAGAUAGUGGCGCAGUGGCCCUACAGAUAGUUUGCACGUCCAGCAGUGCAGCAGGGAGGGAGAUAAGGGAGAGCUGCAUCAUAUCAGCAUGGUACUCCACAUCGGCAUUCCGAGGGGAGGAGCCCAUCGAGCUCAUUGGCGCUCAGUGGCCCUACAGAUAGUGGCGCAGUGGCCCUACAGACAGUGGCACAGUGGCCCUACAGAUAGUUUGCACGUGCAGCAGUGCGGCAGGGAGGGAGAUAAGGGAGAGCUGCUUCAUCUCAGCAUGGUACUCCACAUCGGCGUUCAGAGGGGAGGAGCCCAUCGAGCUGAUAGGCGCGCAGUGGCCCUACAGAUAGCUGCACGGUUACCAGUUAGUAUCAUGGAUACCAGGGAGUGGCACGGUCACCAGGGAGAGGCUGGGUUACCAGGAGCAGCUUGGUUACCAGGGAGCAGUUCGUUUACCAGAAGCACCUUUGUUACCAGGGAGCAGUUUGGUUACCAGAGGCAGCUUUGUUACCAGGGAGCAGCGGUUAACAGUAGCCCACAGGUGAUCCUAGAGUGGACUACAGUGGACUCGAGUGGCCUUACAGGUAGCCAAACUCGAGUGGCCUUACAGGUGCUGCAGUGUUACAAUAGCAUGGUCACCAGGUAACAGCAAGGACAAGAUGGAGCAGAGAGGUGCAGAGGCACUGACGAGCGUCGACCUUGACAAGACUAACCUGACACGAUGAGCAGAGGCGACUUUUGAGUCGACUCAGAGAUGAGCAGAGGCGUGUACAGGAGUGGCUCGAAACUUUCUUUCGUUGACAUAAGGAUCAAUGCAGCUACACCGCCCACCAGCUGUCGCAGCAACGGGUGGGCGGUUGGCAGCUACAGGAGCAGCAGCACCUUCGCGAGAAGCAAUGCAGUUGCUGGUUUGGACUUGUGCGACAAUGGCAUGGAAAUGCUGUGGCAGGGAGGGCCACUGUAAGACUUACGGCAGUAAGGAAUGGGAGCAGGAAUGGGGACCGGAGCUGAAUUGGGAGGAGAGCUGACCUGGGAGCAGGAAUGGCCUGGGAGGGGGUACAUGAGGCACGGAGGAGUCUUUUGACAAGUCACUGGGAUCUGUAAGAGGAUGACGAGUUAACAGGCUACCAAGCGGGGAAUCGCAUGGUGGGGAUGUCACUUCACUUGCAGCGAAGCUGCUUGUGAAGGGGAUGUCAAUAAGUGGAGCUGUUCCAAGGGAGGGCAGGCGUUGGGUCAGGUUGGGUUGGGUUGGGUUGGGGAGCGGGGUUGGAGGAAAGGGUGGAUUGAAAAUACCUACUCGGCACAUGGAGACUCUAUUAUAACGUCAGCACAGCAUGCUUACAUGUGUGCGUGCGUGUAUGCUCUCUAUUCAACUAAACGUAAUGUUCCCCU